AUGCAGCAACAACAAUCCAUGUCAGCCUGGACAUUGAUAUCAAGAGCCCUGAAUUUUAUGAAGGCUGCCGGCAGGCAGAAGCUGGACCAGAGAGCCUUUCUGGAGCAGGUGCGUGAAUGCAGGGACAAUGGCUACCUGCUGUCCUCCAAGAAGAUUGGUUCUGGGGUCUUCUCCAAAGUCUACUUGGCCUACGCCACGCAGGAGCGCAUGCGGCACAACUCCAAGCUGGCCUCUGACCUGAGGGGCAAGCGCCACACCAUGGUGGCUAUCAAGAUCGUCUCCACUGCGGAGGCCCCUGCAGAGUUCUCCCGCAAGUUCCUGCCCCGUGAGAUUUCAUCACUCAAUGCUACGUACAAGCACCUGAACGUGGUGGGCAGAGACCCCAGGCAGCCGGCCCUUCCUACCUACCCCAGGCCCACCCCUUCACCUCCUGGGAUCCUUAUACUCGGGCCGGCCCCAUUCCGAGACCCCAGCCCUGUGCACCCGAGGGCCCUGGUUGGGGGUGACAGUGGGGGGGUGGCCCGGCAGGUGCAGCUGUAUGAGACCUUCGCGAACAGCCGGCGCACCUACUUGGUACUGGAGCUGGCGGCCCGCGGUGACCUGCUGGAGCACAUCAACACCAUGUCUGCUCAUCACCGCUGCCCGGGACUGGAGGAGGAGGAGGCCCGCAGGCUGUUGUGGCAGCUGGUCAGUGCCGUGGCGCACUGCCACAACUCAGGCAUCGUGCACCGGGACUUGAAGUGUGAGAACGUCCUGCUAGAUGACAGAGGCUGCCUAAAGCUGAGUGACUUUGGCUUUGCCAAUCGUUCCGGGCUCAAGAACUCAUUGCUGAGCACCUUCUGCGGGUCUGUGGCCUACACAGCCCCAGAGAUCCUCAUGAGCAAGAAGUACAACGGGGAGCAGGCCGACCUGUGGAGCCUAGGUGUCAUCCUCUACGCCAUGGUGACUGGGAAGCUGCCCUUCAAGGAGUGCCAGCCCCACCGAAUGCUGUAUCUGAUGCGCCGGGGCCCCACCUUCCGGCCAGGCCUGUCCCCAGAGUGCCAGGACUUGAUCCGAGGCCUGCUCCAGCUGCGCCCACAAGCUCGCCUGGGCCUGCAGCAGGUGGCCACCCACCACUGGAUGCUGCCUGCUGCACAUGCGCUCCUCUGCACUACACUCUGUGCUAUACCAGAAAAACCAGAGAAGCCCCAGCUCCGAACAUCCCUGGACAAUGUGGAGCCCAGCGCAGGCUCUGAUCCCCCAAGGUCACUCCUGCAACUGCUGCGACCCCAGCUACAGGGCACCUCUCAUGAGAGUGCCUCCAGUCUGACGCCUGAGCCCCCAGGGCUUGCCCGAGACAAGGUGCAGACUCUGCCGGGCUUGAGCUCUGGAGCACGGACACGGCUGGUCGCAGGGUCAGCCCUGUGA